AUGGAUCAGGGCUGCAUUGUCUCUGGUGCUCCUGCUGGCCCGGUGGUCCAAGUAUGUUUCCCCAGUGUGCGUGCAGCAGUUUUGGACAGCCUGAAUCGACAGCGGGAGGAGGGCCGGCUCUGUGACCUUUCAAUCCAGGUGCAGGGACAGGUGUUCAGGGCCCACCGCUGUGUGCUGGCUGCCUCCUCGCCAUACUUUCAUGAUCAGGUUUGUUUGUCUGUGUGCUUAUAAGUGUGUGUAUUAGUAGUCUCACACGUCUGUACAUAAACAAUGUCAGUUUGGCAUAGAGGAAAAGGCGGAGUUAGCCUAUGUGACUAGCCUAUGUCUGUCUGAAGAGGACCCUCCGCUGAACUUUUUUUUCCCCUUUUCAAAGUUACCAAGAUAGUCCGUCAUUAAUCCCAAACAUAGGCUAGUCACUGCUGUUGCCUAGGUCUGGGUUUCCGUGACGAGUGUAUUAGAGAGAGACAUGUCAGUCUUUGCCUGUCUCUACACAGGAGGAGUUUGUGUCUUUGCUCUGUCAUGUGCACCUCUGUUCUACAUUGUUGUCUGGAAAAAUAGAUGUACUGUGAAAUCCUUGUUAGAAUGUAUUUUUUUCAUCACUUUCACCAGGUGUUGCUGAAGAAUGUGACGACAGUUUCUCUGCCCUCUGUCAUGGACCCUGUGGCCUUUGAAAGUGUCCUGAGUUCAGCCUACACCGGCCAACUGAGCAUAGUGCGUGAUGACAUUGUCAACUACGUGACGGUAGCCAGCUUUCUCCAGAUGUGGCAUAUAGUUGACAAAUGCACAGAGAUCCUGAAGAGACCUCGACCUCUAGCAGAAUGCAACCCUGGGGAUGUUGCAGCUGGCCACACACCAUGGUGCCUCCUCAAGGCAGCAGUCCCCAAGCAGCACUGA